AUGUCCUCCCCUAUCGAAGUCGUCAACAUGUCCCCCGAGGACUACCGCAAGCGCAAGGUCGCCCUCAUCACUGGUAUUACUGGCCAGGAUGGUUCAUACCUUGCCGAGCUUUUGAUCGAGAAGGGUUACCAGGUCCAUGGUAUCAUCCGCCGCUCGUCGUCCUUCAAUACCGGACGCAUUGAGCACCUCUACAAGGAUGCCCAUGAGAACCCCAAGAUGCGUCUUCACCACGGUGAUUUGACCGACUCGACCUGCCUGGUCCACAUCAUCUCCAAGGUCCUUCCCACAGAGAUCUACAACUUGGGUGCUCAGUCCCACGUCAAGGUCUCCUUCGAUAUGUCCGAGUAUACCGCUGAUGUCGAUGCCGUCGGAACCCUCCGUCUGCUCGAUGCCAUCCGCACUUGCGGUUUGGCCCACCUUGUCCGCUUCUACCAGGCCUCAACGUCCGAGCUUUACGGUCAGGUCCAGGAGAUCCCUCAGAGCGAGACCACUCCCUUCUACCCUCGCUCGCCCUAUGGUGUUGCCAAGAUGUACGCCUACUGGAUCACGAUCAACUACCGCGAGGCCUACAACAUGUACGCUUGCAACGGAAUCCUCUUCAACCACGAGUCCCCCCGCCGUGGUCGCACCUUCGUCACCCGCAAGAUCACCUGCGCCGUCGCUGCGAUCCAUUUGAAGAAGCAAGAGUGCCUCUACCUCGGAAACUUGGAUUCCAAGCGUGAUUGGGGUCACGCCCGCGACUAUGUCGAGGGCAUGUGGAGAAUGCUUCAGCAGGAGACUGCCGAGGACUUUGUCUUGGCCACCGGUGAAAUGCACACUGUCCGUGAGUUCGUUGAGAAGUCAUUCAAGGCCAUUAACAAGACCAUCCGUUGGGAGGGCUCUGCUGAGGAGGAGGUCGGUAUCGAUGAGGAAGGCAAGAUCCGCGUUCGUGUCGAUCCCGCUUACUACCGCCCCACCGAGGUCGAGUUGCUUUUGGGUAACCCCAAGAAGGCCAACGAGAAGCUGGGCUGGAAGCGCCAGGUCGAGUUCGACGCCCUUGUCGAGGAGAUGGUCAAGGCUGAUUUGGUCGGUGUUGCUGCCGGCGAUGUCUUCAACUAA